CUUGACCGGCUGGCAUUGUUCAGAGGAGAGUCGGAAGAAGAGUGGGCAGGAUUUCGGGUGACACUUAACUUUAAAAAAUAAUCAUAAACUAGCAGUAAGCAUGGCCAAGCCGCUGACAGACCAGGACAAGAGGAAGCAGAUUUCUGUAAGGGGUCUGGCCGGAGUGGAAAACGUCACCGACCUAAAGACUAAUUUCAACAGGCACCUCCACUUCACCCUGGUGAAAGACCGAAAUGUGGCCACCAAACGGGACUACUACUUUGCCCUUGCCAACACCGUCCGGGACUUCCUGGUGGGCCGCUGGAUCCGGACGCAGCAGCAUUAUUAUGAGAAAGACCCCAAACGUGUCUACUACCUCUCCCUGGAGUUCUACAUGGGCCGGACUCUGCAGAACACCAUGGUGAACCUGGCCUUGGAGAACGCCUGCGAUGAAGCCACAUACCAGCUGGGUCUGGACAUGGAGGAGCUGCAGGACAUCGAGGAAGAUGCCGGUCUAGGCAACGGUGGUCUGGGUCGCCUGGCUGCUUGUUUCCUGGACUCCAUGGCCUCUCUGGGUCUGGCUGCUUACGGAUACGGCAUCCGCUACGAAUUCGGCAUCUUCAAUCAGAAGAUUGUUGACGGCUGGCAGGUGGAGGAGGCUGAUGAUUGGCUGCGUUACGGGAACCCCUGGGAGAAGGCCCGCCCCGAGUACAUGCGUCCGGUCCAUUACUACGGACGAGUGGAACACACCGCUGAAGGAGUGAAGUGGGUUGACACACAGGUGGUUCUGGCCCUCCCCUAUGACACCCCAGUCCCCGGCUACAGGAACAACAUCGUGAACACCAUGAGGCUGUGGUCUGCUAAAGCCCCCUGUGACUUCAACCUCAAAGACUUUAAUGUUGGCGGCUACAUUCAGGCGGUGCUGGACAGGAACCUGGCUGAGAACAUCUCCAGGGUUCUCUACCCCAACGACAAUUUCUUUGAAGGGAAGGAGCUGCGUCUGAAGCAGGAGUACUUUGUCGUCGCGGCAACUCUUCAAGACAUCAUCCGUCGAUUCAAAGCCUCCAAGUUUGGCUCCACAGAGUUUGUGCGACUAGACCUUUCUACGCUGCCAGAAAAGGUGGCCAUUCAGCUGAAUGACACCCACCCUGCUCUGGCCAUCCCUGAGCUGAUGAGGACCCUGGUGGACAUUGAGAAACUGGACUGGGACAAGGCCUGGGACAUCGUGGUUCGUACCUGUGCCUACACCAACCACACCGUCCUGCCUGAAGCCCUGGAGCGCUGGCCCGUCGACCUCUUCCAUAACCUGCUGCCCCGGCACCUGGAGAUCAUCUACGAGAUCAACAGCCGGCACCUGGAGCGUAUUGGCAAGCUUUACCCUGGAGACCUGGACCGCCUGCGGAGGAUGUCCCUGAUCGAGGAAGUGGACGGCAAGAAAAUCAACAUGGCGCACCUGUGCAUUGUGGGAUCUCACGCUGUCAACGGAGUGGCCCGCAUCCACUCUGAGAUCAUCAAAGCCACUGUGUUCAAGGACUUCUACGAGACAGACCCUGAAAAGUUUCAGAAUAAGACCAACGGCAUCACUCCGAGACGCUGGCUGGUCAUGUGCAACCCCGGCCUGGCUGAGGUCAUCGCAGAGAGGAUUGGUGAGGAAUACAUCCGUGACCUGGACCAGCUGAAGACGCUUCUGGAAUUUGUGGACGAUGACACCUUCAUUCGAGAUGUUGCCAAAGUCAAACAGGAGAACAAGAUGAAGUUUUCUGCCUAUCUUGAAGAGCACUACAAGGUGAAGAUCAACCCCAACUCCAUGUUUGAUGUUCAGGUGAAGAGGAUCCACGAGUACAAGAGACAGCUGCUCAACUGCCUGCACAUCAUCACGCUGUACAACCGAAUCAAGAAGGAUCCCAAGAAGUCAUGGACCCCCAGGACUAUCAUGAUUGGAGGAAAGGCGGCUCCAGGUUACCACACUGCUAAGAUGAUCAUCAAGCUGAUCACAUCCAUCGGAGACAUUGUGAAUAACGACCCUGUGGUGGGAGAUCUCCUCAAAGUGAUCUACCUGGAGAACUACCGCGUCACUCUGGCUGAGAAGGUCAUCCCAGCGUCCGACCUGUCGGAGCAGAUCUCCACAGCCGGCACCGAGGCCUCUGGCACCGGGAACAUGAAGUUCAUGCUGAACGGGGCUCUCACCAUCGGCACCAUGGAUGGAGCCAACGUGGAGAUGGCAGAGGAAGCUGGAGAGGAGAACCUCUUCAUCUUCGGCAUGAGGGUGGCAGAUGUGGAGGCCAUGGACAAGAUUGGUUAUGACGCUGCGUCGUACUACAACCGUCUCCCCGAGCUGAAGCAGGCCAUGGACCAGAUCUCCGGGGGCUUCUUCAGCCCCGGCCAGCCUGACCUCUUCAGAGACCUGGUCAACAUGCUGAUGCAGCACGACAGGUUCAAGGUGUUUGCAGACUAUGAAGCCUACAUCAAAACUCAAGACAGAGUCAGCAUUCUCUACAAGGACCCUAAAGCGUGGACCAAGAUGGUGAUCCAUAACAUCGCGGGCUGUGGAAAAUUCUCCAGCGACCGCACCAUUUCCCAGUAUGCCCGUGAGAUCUGGGGCAUGGAGCCCAGCCUGGAGAAGAUCGCCGCCCCCGACGACCCCCGCUAAACCUCAGCAGCCCCCUCCUCCUCCUGUAGCUCACUGCGGUCCAACCACUGGAGAAAACCCCUGUAGUUUUUCACUUGUGGCAUUAUUUCCUUACAUUAUCGCCCCAUAAAUAACCGCUAUCACUCCCAGUUGAUCUUGCAGUAGCAUGUUUUGAAGUGGGUUUUUUCCAUCUGUAUUUUCUCUCUGUGUACCAGCAAUGCAUAUUGUCACUGUUGGGUAAAUCAGCCAGAUUACAUCAUGGCAUUUUUCUUGGGCACAAAAUAAAUAAUAAUAUAUUAAUGAUUUUGCUCCAACAAUCCUCCCAUUAUCCAAAAUGUCCAACUAAUGUUUGGAAAUAGGUCAAAACAUCAAGAGCUGAGACCUUUUAGAAUGCUUUAACAAAUACUGGGAUUAGGUCUUUAACCAAACAGUGAUUUUAACCUUUAUUCUAACUACAUAUUUUUCUACUUCUGAUCUGAACAAACCUCAGCACUGUUAUGCUUUCAAACCAGCAAAUGUCUUCCACCAUGACAGAGAGAAGUGACACUUAGGGGUUAAUGAAGGGACCUGUGACAGGGUGGUGUUGGAAGGAAGCGUGGUCUCCGUUUUACCGCAGAUUAACAUCAUCAUUAUUAUAUUCAAAGACUCCGUCCGGUUAUGUUUCAUGGUGUUUGUUGAAUAUAUCCGUGUAUCCAUCCGUCCUGUGUCUCAGCAUGUUUAUGUCUGUCUCUUCCUAAAAGUGUUAGAAAUGAACAAAGCCUUCUCUGCCUAAAUUCUAAGUGACUGAAUUCAUCUUGAAAAUGUGUGCGUGUUCUGUAAUGUACUGUAGUUGUGUAUGUGUGUAUGUAUACCAUACUUUAGUCCAAGACACUGUGGGUAUCGGCUCCAUUGAUGUACUGUAACAGCAUGUAUUCCUGCUCAAGCUACUGCAUAUGAGCUGUGGUGCUGUAGACUGCAGAAAGCCCAUACUACUAAACCUAACAUUUCACUAGAAGACAAUGCUUUUCUUUUCUUAUUGUCAAUAAAUGACAACUAUCAACAGCUCA